AUGAAGUCUACUAAGGUCUUAUACUCUUCGUGGAUCUUGUGGUGGCCGUCAUCGUCAUCCACGCCCGCCUCGAAGACUGUCAGAGCACGCACGCAUCGCCAUCGACACGCACAUCACCGCACCGCCAUCGCCAUCAACGCAUCACCGCCAUCGCCAUCGCCAUCGCACCAGCACGGCACGCACGCCAUAAUCACGCAUCGCAUCGCACGCCAUCGCACAAGUCGGCAUCGCCAUGCAUAUCAGCACGCCAUCGCACGCACGCGCACCGCAUAUCAGCACGCAUCGCCAUCGCCAUCAACACGCAUCAAGCAUCGCACGCUAUCACAUCACCGCCACGCUAUCGCCAUCAAGCACUCAUCAAGCACAUCGCUAACGCCAUCGCCAUCGCCAUCAAUACAUCGCCACGCCAUCGCCAUCGCCCAUCGUACCGCACGCAUCAGCACGCACGCACGGCAUCGCACGCACGCCAUCGCAUAUCACCACACGCAUCGCACGCCAUCGCCACAUCAGCACGCCAUCGCCAUCGCCAUCGCCAUCGCACAUCACCGCCAUAUCGCCAUCGCCAUCGCACGCACGCUACACGCACGCAUCGCCAUCAAGCACGCUAUCGCCAUCGCAUACAUCACCCGCCAUCGCCAUCGCCAUCACACAAUGCCAUCGCGUCGCCACGCAUACCGCCAUCACCGCACGCAUCGCACACGCAUAAUACGCCAUCACACCAGCACGCACGCUAACGCCAUCGCCAUCGCCAUCGCACAUCACCGCACUCAUCGGCACGCCAUCGCCAUACAUCGCACAUCGCCAUCGCCAUCGCAUCGCACAUCACCGCACGGCAUCGCACGCAUCGCAUAUCGCACGCUAUCGCCAUCGCAUACAUCACCGCACGCCAUCGCCACGCUAACGCCAUCGCACACCGCCAUCGCCAUCGCCAUCGCUAACGCCAUCGCUAACGCAUCGCCACAUCACCGCCAUCGCCAUCGCCAUCGCACGCACGGCACAUCGCCAUCAUCGCCAUCGCCAUCGCACAUCACCAAGCACGCACCGCCAUCGCCAUCGCACGCACAACGCCACGCCAUCGCAC